AUCAGUGUCUGCUGCUGGCUUUUAACAUAGUCAGUGCAAGGGAGCGUUAAUCACUGGAGAGAAGUAGGUACUGUAGGUAGACAUGGUGUCCAAAUCCCUGUGCUUCGUACUUCUCUCUGUUCUCCUGGCGUAUUACAUUUAUAAACCUCUGCCAGACAACAUGGAGGAGAAAUGGAAAGUUAUGCUGAUGGAUGCCGCUUCAAGAAGUAUUUCACAUUUGGCUACCGUGGCAGAGAUGUUUGGGGUGAAGCCUUACAUGGAUGUGAUGAGGUUUUUUAUGCAUUCCAAACACACAGAACCCACAUCUGAUAACCAUGUUAUUGUCACAGACACAUCAUUUAACAACGUUCCAGUCCGGUUAUUUAUACCUAAAGAACAGUCAAAAGCAUUGAGAAGAGCAAUUGUCUACAUUCAUGGUGGCGGAUGGUGCUUAGGAAGUGCAGCCAUGAAAUCGUAUGACAAACUAUCAAAACAAUCUGCACACAACCUAAACGCUGUAAUUGUGUCGAUCAAUUACCGUCUAGCUCCAAAGUUUCACUUCCCGAUCCAGUUUGAUGAUGUGUACAAUGUAGUUAAAUUUUUUCUGCAAGAAAGGGUCCUAGAAAAGUAUUCUGUAGAUCCCAGUCGUAUUGCAGUAUCUGGAGACAGUGCUGGAGGAAACUUAGCUGCUGCUGUGGCACAAAUGCUGCUUCACGACCCAGAAGUCAAUGUGAAAUUCAAGAUUCAAGCAUUACUAUAUCCAGCUCUCCAAGCUCUUGACUUGAAUACUCCAUCUUACAAAGAAAAUCUCUACAUGCCUUUACUCUCCAGGACUCUGAUGGUCCGUUUCUGGAGUGAAUACUUCACCACAGAUCGAUCCCUGUUUGAAGCAAUGAUGUCUAACAAACAUAUAGGAUCUGAAAAUGCUCAUUUAUUUAAGUAUGUUAACUGGAGUACGUUGUUGCCUGAAUCCCUAAAAAAGAAUCACGUUUACAAUAUGCCUAAGAACCAGAAUACCUUGUUCGUUAAAAAGUACCCAGGACUUUUGGAUGUGAGAGCUUCUCCUUUGUUGGCAGCCGAUGAAAAGUUAUCUGGUCUGCCACUGACGUAUGUAAUUACCUGCAUGUAUGAUGUGCUUAGAGAUGAUGGCUUAAUGUAUGUGUCAAGACUUAGAAAAGUUGGGGUACAUGUAGUACAUGAACACUAUGACACGUUCCAUGGUAUACUUUUAAUGAAUGUAUGGCCAUUUGAUUUUUCUUUAGCAAAUCGUGCGGUGGACAAAUAUCUAGACUGGCUCGAUACCAACCUGUGACAAGUCUAUAAGGAAAUUAAUACAAUGUCAAUGUUUUUCGGUGUUAAUUCCUGUUCCUACUAAAUUAUGAGAGACACAUAUUUUAUAACAGCUUGUCUCUCCAUGUGUCUUCUAAACUUAAAGAAGCACGCCCACAAAAAUUAGCAUUCUGUGACCUGUUAGGUGCAUGAUGUAAACUGUAGUGAUGGUAAUUUCUUACUAGUGACUGUAUUUGUGAGUUAUCUCCCCCCCACCCCCACCCCCUUUGAUCCUCAGCUAUGCAAUGUGUUCAGCACUCUGUAUUUCCAAAUAACACGGCAUCUUAUGUGGACAGGAAGUCAAUUUCUCUGUGUAUUCCUAUGAGAACCUCAAUGUCGGUCUCAUCGGAAUGAACAGAGAAGUAAUUGACUUGCUGUCCUGUGUCAGUUGGAAAUUAGAGUGCUGUUCACAUGACACAGCUAAGGAUCAGAAGGGAGGUUAUAACUCACAAAUACAGUCACUGGUGAGAUUCACUACAGAUUACAGAUCAUUUACCUUUUUGUGGGAGUGCUUCUUUAAAGAUUAUUCAUUCUAUUGGCAUUAUAAUUAUUUACAUACAGUAGCUACUUUAUCAAACCAGUUCUAAAAUUUCUUGAGAUGACAUGGUUGUCAUCAAACUACAUUUCGAGACAACUAAAAUGGAUAUAUCCUCAGAGCCUAAGGCUCUAAUCUAGCCUAAGAAUCUAAAAAAACUAAGGAUAAACAUAUUUUUACAUACAAAUUCAACAAAUUCUCUUGUGCCGCUAAAUGAGUUUUAACGGCAGGUGCACAGUCACUGAUUCGGUUUACCAGGCAGAUCCUAUGUGCAUGCGCUGAUACUUGUAGUAAUGGUGCAUACCCAAGAAUAUUAUGGCUGUGCAAGAUGUUUGGCCAUGUUAAUCUGUCGGCACAUUAGAGAAUUGUCUGUAGAAUGACGCUCCCUCACACAUAAAAUUUGUUCACAUGAACUAAUCAAUGCGUACAAAUCAAUUCACUCAUCCCUAAAAUAGUCAAUUGGCCAACAGAUGUCAACCACUAACUGCAUAAUGAGCCAACUAGAUCCUUGUUCCCAUUGGCUUCAGACACUGAUGGAUUCUGUGAAGGGUAGGAUUACAUCUAUGGUACAAACUCUAGUAAUGUGUUCUGGGAGGGGGCACCACCAGAUCGCCAAGGAGUCAGGACUAUAAUGGGAUAUAAGAGGGUUACUGCGGCUUUCUUGCAUAAAUGCCAGGUUUCGACUGGACAAAUACCUCUGCAUGCAUAUCUGGCAGAAAGCUGACAUUUAUGCUGGAAAGCCACUGAAUACACAUUAGAUCCCAUUAUAUUUCAUGGGGAUCUGAUGGUAAUUGGCUAUGACGGAUAAAGUAAACUCUGGUAACCUGUUCCUUUGUUGGAACAGACUGCCGGAGUUUGCGCCAGAGAUGUGACCAUAGCGUAAGGUGAAAUUUCUAUGGCUAGUUUAAAGUGUAAGAUUUAGGAAUGAUUAAGGGCUCUUUCACACCUGCGUUCUUGUCUUCCGGCAUAGAGUUCCGUCGUCGGGGCUCUAUGCCGGAAGAAUCCUGAUCAGGAUUAUCCCCAUGCAUGCUGAAUGGAGUGAA